AUGCGGCGAACAGAGCGCAAACGUACGGACCUUUCUGGCAUUUCUACCUCCGCCGGCCGGGUGACCAGCCAAGAAAUUGACAACAUCUCCCAAGAUACAAACGCGUCAAGCGCUGUGAGGUCGCCCUCUUUCGCUCGGACAAGGAUCCUCGGACAUGCAGCGACAGGAUUCGAAGGGCAGCUGUUGGUGGCUCCUGCUCACACACUGGAGAGACAUGGAAUGGGCGGCGCUGGACCUCCCACCAUAGCUGCACUGGCGGACAUGCAUCCACACGCUGACAGGGCAUGUCCACAGCAUGCGACAGGAGUCGCACUGUCGGCGGGGAGACGGCAGUUCACUUGUUUGGGCGCUCAGGAAGGUUCCAUCCCAGCCCCUCGCACAUACCAGAGACCUGCCGUUCCUCGACGGCGCCCCCUCCCUCCACACGGGUCGGCUCCCUCGGCACUUUGUGGCGGUGGUGCCGUCGCGGCAGGCGCAAAGCAGAGGGCUGUGUCAUCUACUGGGCAUUCCGGAUGCUCCAUCGCCCGCAGCGAUUGCGUGAGCGGCUUGGCGGUGCUUCUUCCUGCCCGGCGACGAGACCUCGGAAGUGAUUUACCAACCCGAGCAGCCGACGACGACUCUCCAGCUUCUUUAGCUAGCACGCAGAAGCCUCCAAGCUUGAGAGCCCCGUUGAAGCGGUUAUCAUCCCCGUCGCGCUCCCUCGCUUCGCAGAAACGAGACUCACCGCCUCGCCUUCCAGACUGCGGAGAACAAGACAGGCCGCCGCGAGGUCCACAACAGCGCACAAGACAUGGCGGGACACGUGUGUCAACCAAGAAGAACAAGGAGCCGGAAGUGAAAGGAGUGGAUGGCGGAGGGGGAGAAGGCAGAGGAGAUGUCACAGACGGCGCCGGGGCGUGCCUAGCAGGUUUUCCUGCUGGAGAGCUGAGGGAGGGAACCAGUCCAACGUGCCCGGGCGUUGGUGGACUUUCGGCGGCUCCGAAACUUCCGGUCGAUGUUUGCGAACCGGCUGCAGGCUCGGUUGUGCAAAAGACAAUACACUGCCUCUUCUCAGAGCAUAGUGGAGACGCAGCGAGGCCACUGUCUCUCUCCACGUUGGUCCAGCUCGCUCCGGAAGGCCUGACCGACGAUACCCGUUGCGGAGUUGCCGGGGCGGGGAGGGGGACGGAGGAAACGGAUCGAGGAGAGCUGAGGAGCGAGGUCCAACGCGGGGAGGGUGAAUACACGUCUGGCGAGGCCGCAGAGCAAUUCCAGUGCGUGGAGGCGAGCCGCGAGAAUUUGAAGAUGAAACUGCUUCGGGUCGGGAGGAAAGUUCUUCCGCCCUGGCCUGAAGCACGCGAAAGGGUCGGCAGUCUGGGUCACGCCGCUGAGGAGAAGACACAGCGCGGCUCCGAUAGAGGAGCAGCGAGUCUCCAGGCGCAUCCGACGCCGUCGGCAGUGGAGGCAGAUGAGGGCGCGGCGACUCUACCAGACGUCUCAGAAAACUCCCAGGGGGGCCUGCCCGGGCCCCACGAGGCGGCGAAGGAGCAUGAAAGUGGAGAUUCAGCGGAGGCUGACAGUUGCUGUGCAGCCGACGGCGGAAAGCCAGUCGAGGACAACGUGCUGUUGCACGGUGAUGUCGUGAACCUGAGAGUCGCCGAGAGUACCCCUGCAAACUCAGGCAGCGACGCCAGAGACGAGGAGGAGACAGCAAACUUGGGGGCAAAGAACUGGACUCUGCGAGAGUCUCCCGGAGCCUCGUUGGCGACAGCAAACGUCUCCGAACGGGGUCCAACGCGGGGGGAGAAGCAAGCCAGUUGCACAGAGUGGCGAAACGGGGGUGACAGAGAGACGCCUGGCGCGGGUCAGCGGCAGGAAGGAGACUUCCCUUCCGAAGGACGAAAGGCCUCCCCUCGCAGUUUGGAGCCAUCACCAUCGAGGCAGAAACGGAGGAGUCCUCGCGCGCCCGUGUCCGCGACACCUAUGGAAACAGAUUCCACAAACAAAGUGUCCGCAGGAAGCGCGGCGGAAAGCGUCAGCCAGGCCGCCGGCGGAACGAGAGAGGGGGAAGGAAGCUCGAGCGGGGAGAGAGUGCAAGGCUUGGAGGAAGGUGGAAGAGUGAGAAAGAGGAGAAGACUGAACUGA